AUGGGAUUCGGCUUCUGCAUACCGGACAACCCACACGAUCGAGUCACCGUCCAACUCGGCGAGAUGCACCCGGACACGCACCAAAAGCUCCACCAGGAGAUACCGGCCCACUGGCGCUCCAAGGCCUGGAACCCAGCCGAGUCCUAUUUCUACAUUCGGUCUCCAUCCCACUGCGAUCCGGGCCACUCGACUACGUACGGCGUCCCCAAUCUAGGCUGUCUCCGCGGGACCCCCCCGGCGCUGGUCAAGUCUGUGUACACCAUCCUGUGCGAGCAUGCCGAGCAGGCUGCUGAGGCGCCCGAGAACGGGGUUGACGAGAGCUGGAUCUGGGCGAGUUGGGUGGAGGUCUUGCUGAGGCAGAUGCAGCAUGCUCUCGUGGGGAUUACCCGGUGGGACGGGCAUCUUCCUGCUGCGCCAUUGACGGCGGGGGGCAGGCGGCCUUGGCGACCGGAGGGGGCAGGUGAAGAUACUGGAUGA